AUGACAGGGACAACGCUGUUCCAACACAACACUGCCUCGGAGCAAUUGUCAUCGGCAGGUUCGUACGACGUUGACGAAAGGUCGCCGAAGACCUGCUGGACCGCUCAACACCUCUGCACCUUCGAGAUGGCACUGCCGUCAGCAUCGCCCAAUGUUCUACGUCGCCGUGCCUUCGCGACACUGCCGCCAACACCAUCGUCCAAUGCUCUGAAGCUGGCACAAUCAUCUCAGCAAUCCUGCAAACUGCUUGACGCGCCGCCCGAGAUCCGCCAGAUGAUCUAUCGCUUCCUGUUCGGCGUCCGUUAUACUCUCAAUAUCAACGAACACCGCUCACCGCGGACUGGCCAAUGGGUGGGGACCAUCGAAUCGCCAUCAAUCCUACGUGUAUGCCAUCAAAUUCGGGACGAAGCUCUAGCAAUUCUUGGCGAUCAUGUCAUUCUCACUUUCAACAACCAAAACAUCGGAGUGCCAGCGCAUGUCAUACGUGGUCUGUCACCAAUCCUGCCACACAUCCAAGAGAUAGUCCUCGGCCACGAGCGCGCGUCCCUGAGGGUGCCCAUACACAGCAUCAUCAAACUUGCUCCAAAUCUAAAGAGGAUCACUAUGCACUACAUGGAAUCAUCUCUGAAGACGACCAAGAUGGACUACCAUGUAUCAUCAUUUCCGCUGGACCUCUACCGAGUGCAAGCCAACCUGAGACUCAAUCUAGGUGGACGGGACGAGCGUACUGGCUGGCCGGUCUCUGACGCAGUCUGGCAAUUAGACUGGGAAUCUCUCGAAUCUGACCUGAUGAAAGUGCUUGAUCACACAUUGGGUAACUGGAUUGGCCUUGCCAAGAAUAUACCUGAGGAUGACAUACGCGCGUGGCUGCAGCAUCUACGCGACACAUUGCGCGAGCACGGCAUGGACUGGGACCAUAGGUACGAAGCGGAGUCGAUAUACUUCGCAUGGGUGAAGAUGCCUCCUUUCGAGCUGGUGGUCAGACCGAUGAGCUUGUACGUCAAUUGCAAUAGCCAUGCACCUGGGAGCGGGAACUACUCAGGAGGCUUGCAGGUCAGUUACUGUUAUGUUCGCUUGCGAUGCCCGCAGUCAUUCCAGUUGCUUCAUCACCUUGUGUUCCAACUGAAGAGAUUCCCAAACUAA